AGGUGAUCGGCACCAUAGUAGAGACUUCCAGGCGCUGCGAUUAGUAUGAUCCCAGGCGUUACAGCACCUGCCGUGAUGGCCGCGUUCAAAAACCUCGGCAAGUACUAUGCCUCACGUCCGAUAGCACGUGUGUUCGCCCCUUCAAAAUCCACUGCGCCUUUCAAGUCCCGGUUUGUUCCCUUCACUGUAAAGUUACUCCGCCUUCCGUCUGAAGAAACAUCCUUGACCUCGCAGGAAGAUGCACCUAUUGGAUGUCCAAGCUGUUCUCGACCGAGAACAGGACAUCCACCAGGCGGAUCCCGACACCGAGGUCCUAAAGUAUGGAGAUGACAAGACUACGAGUUAUGCCAUACUCUCGCAUCGCUGGGGAAUGGAAGUCAGUUACAAGGAAAUGACCAAGCUCUUGAAAAUGGAGGAGCGGAAGAGGGACAAGGUCAGGCAGCGUGACGGCUACCAGAAGAUCAUCGAGGGUUGCGAGCGGGCCCUGAAGGAUGGCUACAAGUGGCUCUGGGUCGACACGUGUUGCAUCGACAAGCGGAGCAGUGCUGAGUUAUCCGAGGCGAUCAAUUCGAUGUAUAGUUGGUAUCAAAAUUCGCAGGUAUGUUAUGCAUACAUCGGUGACAUCGAGGAGUCAAGCUUUCCUUCGGAACGUAACAACAGCAAGUUUAGCAAAUCGAACGGCUGGCCAGAGUGGUUCAGCCGAGGUUGGACACUCCAGGAACUCAUUGCUCCGAAGCGAAUCGAAUUUUUCAGCAAGGACUGGAUACAUAUUGGCAACAAGCGACGCCUAGGAUCGACAUUAGAGAAAAUCACGCGGAUUCCGGUCGAUAUUUUAGAACAUGGGAUAACGUCGAAGCGCCCCAGCAUUGCUCAAAUAAUGUCGUGGGCAGCUGACCGGAGGACGACACGAGUGGAGGAUCGAGCAUAUGCACUGAUGGGAUUAUUUGGUGUGAGUAUGCCGAUGUUGUACGGGGAAGGAGAGAAAGCGUUUCAAAAGCUCCAGCUGGAGAUCAUGCGGAUGUCUAGCGACCAGAGCAUAUUUGCAUGGGAUCCCUACGGGAGGAUGCCUCGGUAUGGCAGUGUGUUGGCAGACGACCCAAGCUACUUUCGGGAUUGUCGCGACAUUAGAGUGGUGGAAUCCGACCAGUUCGUCGACAAAUUAGCGGACUACGUUCAUUCCCACGAUAUCGGUGGUCUCGAGAACGGAUCUGAGUGGCGCCAAACUGCUCAUUCCCAACUGAUGUCGGGGUUCGUUGCUACCAACGCAGGUAUCCAAAUAUGGUUACCUAUCAUACCUUAUCUGGACCCUCCAACCGAAUUCAAAGCCAUAUUGGCAUGUAGCGACAACGACGGAAAACUGAUCACCAUCGAUUUGGCUUCGUGCAGAUCGACCUAUAACCGGUCUUUUAACGCCACAGAGACCCGCAAGACAUAUCCACUGACCAGGCGGCUUUAUCUCACCUAUUCUCCGGACGCCAGAGAGACGCCUUGCUGUCUUACACUCGACGAUCGGGGUGCUGCAUGCCAUGGUUUCACCCGUUGUGGCACCUUCCCCCGAGACAUCACAAACAAUACUGUCACACUCUCGUCGCGAACGAACGACCUCAUGGUUGUGGUGUAUGCCAACGAUGAAACCAGAUCUCACUUUGCAGUUGGAUUUGGGUACUACUCCGGCCAAGGAUGGGCACAUGCUACAUAUGUCAAACGCCCUGCAACUCAAGAGGGUAGUUGGCUAAACUCUGACCAGAAGGUGUAUGAGAUGAUGUGGAAUGCACGCGCACAACAUGCACUCCAGAGCAUGAGCAAUAACCCUGAUCGUAACAAUUGGUCCCCACACGACAGCUUUGUCAAUCAUGCCCACCUUCCGCAGUCAAUCUGGGCCGCUAGGGUUGUCUGGGGUAGAUGGGACGAAGGCAAUCUCAAAGUUAUGGUUGAUGUCGAGCAAUGUCCUGGUUGUUGCGUUGGUCCGCUCGAAUGGACCAUUACCACUAACGAUCGGGAUGGCCUUGAUAUGCCCGGUUUCAUGAAGACAAUUCGUACUUCACAUGAGUUGAAAUUGAACAACUUGCCGGUACAACUUGACGAGUGUUCAGGUCAAACCAUCACGCUGGGUGAUUAUGGCGAGUGUUCUAAUACCAACUUUGAAUGUCAUGGGAACAUAUUCGGGGAUAUGCAGGCGUUCGGCAUUGAUCCUACAGAUCUGGCUAACUGCCCAGUUGUAGCCCGGGUGUCCGGUGAUGAAGACGCACUGAAUUAUCCGCCAAAUCAGGAUGACCUGACAGUAACCCUUCAAAAAGGGGAAAAUCGCCUGGUUUUGCACCAACCAAUCGGGCGCUCUCUCCCGAACAAUCAACCGCUGAUGCGAUUACUGAAGGCGCUAUCCACAGAUCCUGCAAACAAGCAUUUAGUGACAACAGUCAUACAUUGCUCAGAGUUCUAUGCAGUUGAUUCUUGGGGACAACGGAAGGAUUCAGAAGCCGUGGCAUGGAAGAAUCAGAAUCACAUCGAAGAGCCAGGCCUAUUGACUCCCUUAUGUGCCAUUGCAAGCCCACAAGUUUGGCGAAGAGAAUCGGCCUGCGCACAGAGGAGGGAGCAGUUCAAGAGUAUUCGGGAACAAUUUUUUGCCCUACGUGAUUGUGUGGGAACGGAAGCUCGUCACCAGUCCACGGUGCGUUAGGCUGCUGCAUGGGGUUCAUAAGCACUGACUUUCGAUGUCAACAGAGCAGACAAACAACGGAUAGAGCAAUCGAGUUCUUCUCGGAUAUGUUCGGUUUAGGGACCCUCACAAAAUACGUAGGAGAGAUAACAUUCUUCACAAGGCUCGCUUCGAUGAUGGGAGCUGAGUCGCUUGGCGAAUCUUCUGCAGGUGCUGUCAAAGGAGGUAGCCUGCUGGCGCGCCCUCUGAGAUCGUUGUUUCUCAGUUGGGUGAUGAAGCGCAG